CAUGGCCAAGAAGAAUAAAAACAAUGACCAGGAUUCGACACCGUCUCUCAGUGGUGUCGCAAACAGAGACAUUCUGCAACGAUUGAAUUUCCUCUACCAAGCCAGCGCAUACCUUCAGUCCAUCUCACAAGACCCUACCGCGAAGCCAAUCGACCGGGGCAGACCGUCAAAACUAUCACCCUUACAAGGGCCCUCGAAAGCUGAGAAGAAAGAAAUUAGGAGGAAGCAACGACAUCCAAACACUGCUGUUGAGCUGUCCAGGGAAUAUAUCAAGUCGAUGAAGAUCAUCGGCCAGAAGACGAUGGUGAAGAUGGAUCCGAACGUCAAGCGCACGAUGUGCAAAAAGUGCAAUAGUUUGUUGAUUCCUGGGACAACGGCGUUGGUGCGGGUGAAGUCAUCACCCUCGCAUGGCCAUCUCAUCUCUUACACCUGCUUAUCGUGCACGGCCGCAAGGCGUAUACCAGCGCCGCCAAUCCUCGACCCAGAUGCUUCGCCAUCGACUACGGGUGCAUUGCCAGCAACAACGGAUGCACAGCCAUCUGCAAGUACGUCGAGCGCACCGACAGAUGAUGCGCCGAUGGAAGUGGAUGCUACCCACGUGCCGGCUGAGGCCAUUGGAACCAUGCGGAAGCCUAUAGUCCGGAGGAGGAGAAGGCAGAAGCACAAGAAGAAAACGGUCGAACCGCGGCUACCGCCUCUAUUCCAGCGAAAGGGGCAUGUGGUCUUCAGAGGGAAUGAGAGGUUGGAGGAGACAUGAAGUUCGGUGCGCGUUAGAAUGAUUCUGCGGGUGACAUCGCCCAAACUCAUAAGAUCUCACGAAAUCUCGUGUUUCGAUAUAGAUAUAGUGAUUAGAUGUCGAUUUGCAAGUGGCAUGAUAUGGACAUUCUACUUUGCCGCCGAUUUGCAUGCUGUUUGCGCACAUGUGUAAUGACUUGUAUUCUUUCUGGUGGCG